UUCUUUUUCAGAUCUCCAGCCGAUGCGAUCCGUGCCAAACGUGAUGUUUCCACCAGUGAAGAUGAGGUUAGCGGAGAUUCAUCUGCAGAAUUUUCCGGCGAGAAGGUGAAGCGUCUGGUGAAGCCUCAGGAGAAGGUUCUGGAGAAUCAUCUGGUGAAUCUUCCCGCGAGAGUUCAGGGAAUGAGGAAACUUCCGGUGAUACAUCACCAGUCGUUCCUGUUGACGAACUCACUCUUGAACAGUUGGAGACACUCAACACGUAUGCUCAACAAGUUCAAGCUGAAUCACAGAAGCUCAUUCACCAAGCUAACUUCGUCAUCGAGAUGACCGCUCUCUGCUAACGCACAGAACUUUGGAAUGCUCUCGAACAUCAUGCUUGCCAACUCUCGGAUGGUUCUCGACAGUGCUCGUCUUUCACUCAAUGAGACUGAAACCGAAACCGGAACAUCUGCUCUCUGCCAUGGAGAUUCUGAAUGUGGAAGUGGGAAAUGCAUAGGAGCUCUUGUCGGAACUUGCAACUGCAACUCUUGUGUCGAUGGAUGGCCAUGCCAAGAGGACAGUGCUUGCGGAGGAUUCAACAGAUGUCUACACCAAGAACAAUCUCACUCUGACCGAAGCCCUCACUUCAUUCUGCAAUGGAGCCGAAGACAAUGUGGAGAAGUGCCACGGAUUGCCAUGCAAUGGAUUAUGUGCUUGUUAA